UCCAUUAUUCUCCAAUAUUCUCUUUCCUUCUCUUCAUCCUCAUCUUCAUUCAUUUAACCUAUACAUACACCAAUUCUGUAUCUAAUAUCAAUUCCCUAAGGUUUUAUAAUAAUAAUUAUUUCUUUAUUAAUUCCACAUAAUUUAGAAAAUUAAUUAUUCAUUAAUAAUCACUCAUGGCGGUUCCGACAAUUGCGCUGUACGCAUCGCCGCCGUACGAUUUCGAACUCGCCGGCCGUCCAUGCUCAUCAUCUCCGGCGACGGUUUCAUCUUCAAAACCAAUCAUCGGCGGACUUUCCUCCAUGUUUUCCGGUUGCGGAUCUGACGAAUCUCCGGCGGCUGUUAUCCGGACAUCCGAUUCAUCAGAUCUGAAUUUAUGCAGCUCGUAUUCAUACUCUCCAUUCGGAUCGCCGUAUUUGAAACGAGAACACAGUCCGGUUUCCGUUUUUCAAGGUCCGGUGUCGGCGUCUUCGUCGUCUCCGGCUAGGUUUUCGCCGGAGAAACGGUUGUUUAAAGGAUUUAUUACACACGCGCUAACUAAAUCUCACACGUGCUUAGAUUACGAUUCGCACGUGCGAAAUGAUAACUUUAGUAGUUUCAGCGAUGAGCUUACUUUUGUAAUGGAAGAUACUUCAGAUCAUUUGCUAGCAAUUGCACAGGCCAAACAUAAAAUAUUUAAUGAUAGUUUGGUUAUUAAAGCCUUUUAUGAAGCUGAAAGAGCUCACAGAGGGCAGAUGAGAGCAAGUGGUGAUCCAUAUUUACAACAUUGUGUGGAAACUGGAGUUAUGCUGGCUGAAAUAGGUGCUAACGCUACCGUAGUUGCUGCAGGGCUUUUACAUGAUACGCUUGAUGAUUCUUUUAUAAGUUAUGAAUAUAUUGUUCAAACUUUUGGACCUGGAGUUGCUGAUCUUGUUGAAGGGGUCUCUAAGUUAAGUCAUUUAAGCAAGCUUGCCCGUGAAAGCAAUACAGCAAAUAGAACAAUGGAAGCUGAUCGUUUGCAUACAAUGUUUCUUGCGAUGGCUGAUGCAAGAGCUGUGCUCAUAAAAUUGGCUGAUAGGCUGCACAAUAUGAUGACAUUGGAUGCAUUGCCUUUGAGUAAGAGACAGAGGUUUGCAAAGGAGACGAUGGAGAUAUUUGUUCCUCUGGCAAACCGUUUAGGAAUCAUGAGUUGGAAGGAGAAGUUGGAGAAUCUUUGCUUCAAGUACCUCAAUCCAGUGCAACACAAUGAUUUGUCAUCCCAACUUCAGAAGUCAUUUGAUCAGGCAAUGGUUACGUCUGCCACAGAAAAAUUGGAGCAAUCUCUUCAAGAUGGUGCAGUUUCUUAUCAUGUAUUGUAUGGGCGGCACAAAAGCUUGUAUAGCAUUCACUGCAAGAUGCUCAAGAAAAAUCUGGCCAUGGAUGAAAUCCAUGAUAUUCAUGGACUACGCCUCAUUGUUGAAAAUGAAGAGGACUGUUACAAAGCGUUAAAGCUUGUUCACCAGUUGUGGUCUGAAGUACCCGGAAAGUUCAAAGACUACAUAAAACACCCCAAGUGUAAUGGGUAUCAGUCUUUGCACACUGUAGUAAUGGGAGAAGGAUCAGUGCCACUUGAGGUUCAGAUUCGAACAAAAGCGAUGCACUCACAGGCGGAGUUUGGAUUUGCUGCCCAUUGGAGAUACAAAGAAGCUGAUUGUAAACACUCCUCAUUUGUUCUCCAGAUGGUAGAAUGGGCUCGUUGGGUUGUCACAUGGCAGUGUGAGAAUAUGGGCCAAGACAAAUCGUGCAUUGGUUACAAUGAAGCCAUUAAGCCUCCUUGCACAUUCCCUUUUCAUUCUGAAGAUUGCCCACAUUCAUAUAAGGCUUGUUGUGGAUCCGAUGGGCCUGUUUUUGUCAUCAUGAUUGAGAAUGACAAGAUGUCGGUGCAAGAAUUCCCUGCUAAUUCAACUGUGAAGGAUCUUCUAAACAUAGCAGGUCAAGGAAUCUCUAGGUACUCCCCGUAUGGGUUUUCUGUGAAGGAAGAGCUGAGGCCGCGGGUGAACCAUGAGCCAGUGAGUGAUGUUAGUUGCAAGCUCAAAAUGGGGGACGUGGUGGAGCUAACACCAAGGAUACCAGACAAGUCCCUGACAGAGUACAGGGAAGAAAUUCAGCGCAUGUAUGACCGCGGUCUCUCUGUAGCAAACUCAAGCAGGAAGCAGACCGCAAGUGUCGGGUGGGGAAGAUAAGUUCGUAACAAUGCUCCUUCUUCCGUGGUAAAGUGUCAGAAAUGUAUGUAAGAAUUUAUAGUAGGUCUAGAUAUAGGUAAUGAUUUGAUUAUUUCUUGUAAAUACAUCUAUAUGUACAGAACAGGUCCUUUAUGUUAUAGCCGAAUUAGAAAAUCCAAAAAAAAAGUGAAAAACAAUUGAUGUAUCUUUCAGUUGAGCUUUGUUAAUACUUAAUAGUAGAAUAUUGCUUUCUUGUUCCUCA